AUGACUCUGCUCUUUAGGUACCUUCCUGAAUUAAUACAAUUGGGCUAUUACCCAGUACGAAAGAGGCGGGGCUCUGAAAAGGACGAACCACUUUUAGAUUACUUUUAUCAUCUUUUUAUAAAAAAAAUGGACGAACAGCAGCAAAGACGCAUAUUGAGCUGGUUAGAAGAAGAUGCCGAUGACAUCCUCGACAGUGAUGAUGAUGGUUUACUGAUAAACAUCGCAGAAAGUGGAGAGGCGGCAAGUGCUGACAAAGAAGCUGCAUCUCUUUAUCCAGGAAUACUUAUGAAAAUGAUUGAAGAUGGUGGCUACUCUAGCCAAACCAUUUUCAAAGUAGACGAAACCGGUCUUUUUUGGAUGAAAAUGCCUAAAGAACUUUUCUUGCGCGUGAAGAGAAAAACUUUCCAGGUCUUAAAGUCGCCAAAUAGCGAUUGA